CAGGUCCCCAGUGCUGAUAUCUUCCCCAACGGCUUCGAGGGUAGGCUGGAGAUGCAGAAGAAGUGGGUGUCGGACACCGGCAUGCGUGAGGAGCACAAGCAGUACAAUUCCACCUGCAGGCCCACCAUCAAUGUGAAGAUCUCUCUGCGCGAUGACUACUUCACUGGAGCUGGACCUGGGCCGCUGACGCUGAGCCUUCCACAAACACAGCAAGCGGUCAGUAUGCCAGAUAUGCAACCUACAACAGGUGCGUGUCGUUUUGAACUCGCAAGGGCGCUUUCUGAGCGCGAGUCAUGCAAUCGAGUAUCCUGCAUGUCAUGUUUUUGUUUGUCGGAUGUGGUGACUUCUUAGGGGCAGUGUGUGCACAUCUGGAUGAUUUUGAAGCCCAGCUGAAGCCUGCUUCCCGACUGGGCAAUUUCUGGAUGACGCCCCGGUAGUGAGGCGAGCCGUGGCGGGGGACGAGGAGGACUGAGGAGCGGUCCGGGCAUGAAGUCAUGGACGCCAGGAAGAAAGAGGCGAAGAAGGAUCGCCAGGUUGAAUGCUGGUUGAAUGCUCGUGUCAGGAUGAAGAUGGAACACGAGGACAUUCUUCCUAAAGUAGGGGCAGAACAACUAUAGAUACUGAUAGCAAUCCAUGGGACAGAUCGGGACAUGGGAUUGCCCCACUGUUGAUGGUAGGGUUAGGGCUCGUAGUGCGAUGUUCUCUGUCAACAAUAUGCUAAGUUUGACUUUCCUGAUCCCUUGCAAUCAAUUGGAGCUGUAAUGAGUCCAGUAGGGCUGGCUACUGGCCAUUGGGUUGAUGCUGAGUUUGGUUUGUCGCGAAGUUGUCAAUUGCCACCCCCUUUUCAAGCCCUUAAGGAUGCACAGCUUGAGGAUGCUCUGGUUUAUGAGGUUGCCGACCUUGCCAACACUCUCGCUUAUGGCCUUUGAUAAAGUAGACGAUGGUGAUAUAAGACGCUGUAGAUGGCCAACCCGCUGGUUUCCAUUGUCUCCAUAAUGCACAUAGUACUGGUUUGUGAGGUGGUAGGCUUCAAGGCCCUUGACAAGGUAUAUAGAUGAAACUGGUCUAAGAUUCUAAGAUGCUGUAGGUUGCCAACCUACUGGUUUCCAUAACCUGCAGAAUGCACAUAGUACUGGCUUGUGAGGUGGUGGGUCGCUUGCGCUUCAGGGCCUUUGACAAGGUAUAUUAGACAUAGAUGACAUUGGUUUAAGUUUAAGAGUUGAAUUUAAGAUGCUGUAGGCUGCCAACCCACUGGCUUCCAUUUCCUUCAGAAUGCACAUAUUGCAGUUUUAUGAGUUGGUAUGUUGUGCUUCAGCAACAUGCACAUGUUGCUGGCUUAUGAGGUGGUAGGUUGCGCUGCAGGGCGAUGAAAAGGAUGACACUGACAGAAAAUGCCGUAGGUUGUGAACCUACUGGCACCAAAAGCCCUCAGAAUGCAGUUAAUGCUCGCCUAUGAGGUGGAGAAUGCGCUUCAGGUCCUUUGAUAAGGUAGAUGACAGUGGUUUAAGAUAGGUUGCCAACCUACCAGUUUUCAUUGCCUUUUACGCUUGUAAUAGUACUGCCAGUUUUAUAAUCCUGUUCUUGUUCCGGUCACAGCUGACGGUGAGUUCCUUGCAUCCCAGGUGGAAGAGUAAAGGAGCGUCCCAGGCAUGGGGAUGACUGUUUAUCGUCGCCCACCGCACCGUGCUCCCGGCCAUGAACUUGUGGGUGCACCAGACGCGUGGGAAGAAGAACAGGUUGUUGAAGAUCAACAACAAUUUUUUUGUUCACCAGAAGCCUACAGACCAAGUCUAUAGGCAAACUUGAAGCCCAGCAAAUGCUGGGCCUAGAAGGAAAGCUCUGAGGUAAAAAGAAGGAUGGCUUAAGCUAGGCACGAGCAAGCAUGCAUGCCAUGUUCUAUCUAUAUACUGGGUAUAAGGCCAAUGAAUUUGAUGCCACCUGUCGCGGAAAUGGAUUGCGGCCAACUGCGACAUGUCAAUCCCCAGCCAUUCUCACCGUUUGUUCUGAAAAAGAAGUUUCACAUCCACAAGAGACUUUUGAACGUGCGUCGGACACUCGUUCUUUGUUGCUGCAAUCUUCGAGAGCUAUUCUCUCCUUGCGCCCAGACUCUU